AUCAAACCAGCCUUGCGCGGCCCGCAGCCGUUAGCAGUACUGGCUUUGAAACGCUGUUUCGCGAAUAACGUCUCAGACACUUCGUGUUUCGACGACAUUAAAAUGCGUGUCAACGGGCAGAUUUUGUCGCGAACGCCUGUCUUAGCCCACGGGUUGCUCACUCUUGUCUAAUAGGGGCGUUAAAAGGGAAGUGUGAGGCACAGCGGUUUGUGGCUGUUGCUGUUCCCGGCCGAAUAAUUCGCGGAGCCCACAACCCCAAAAUAUCAGGCCAGGCUAAAGCAUAUACUGAGUCGGUCGAACUAGGGCGAACUCUGCCGUCGAGCUUCCCGGCAUUGCAAAGCCUUUUCUGCCACACACACAUGUUCCGUGCACUGCGCUCUUAUUCCCAAUGUUGUGACAGCAGCGGUGCUUUUCCAAGAGGCCCGGCUUAUCUGUACGAAGCUCGGAGAGGUCAGCGGACGGCCAGGGGGAGGUGGAGGAGCGGGUUUGGCCAAUGCAGUACUGCAGUACUCGGGGUGGGGUCCAUGGAUGGGACUUCCGGGAUGUGCUGUUUUCGGGUUACGCUCCAGAUGGGGGGAUGUUCAUGCCAGAGAGCCUGCCUGUGCUUAGCCCAGACACCUUAAGGUGCUGGAAGGGACUGUCCUACACCAAACUGGUGGUGGAGGUUGCCUCGCUGUUCAUCCACAAUCAACUGAUCCCCAAACAGGACCUGGAGGUCCUGGUGGCUGAAGCCCUGUCUGGUUUCUCAGUGCCUGAGAUAGUCAGAAUCGCUCGACUGAAGGAGGGUCUGUCAGUCCUGGAGCUAUUCCAUGGAGGAACUUUAGCCUUUAAGGACCUGGCUAUGACUUGUACAGUGCGUUUCCUUGACUAUUUCCUGCGAAAGGAGAAUUGCAGAGCUACUGUUCUUGUAGGUACAUCAGGUGACACAGGUGGUUCAGCCAUCCAAAGUGCUAAAGGUCUGUCUGGGUUGGAUGUGGUGGUGGUUUACCCCCAAGGACGCAUCACUCCAGUCCAAGAGAAACACAUGAUCACCUGCCUGGAGGAUAAUGUCCAUGUGUUUGCAGCAGAUGGCAGCUCAGAUGACAUAGACCAGCCUCUGCGCCGUCUGUUUGCUGACCAGGAACUGGUCAAGUCUCACAGCCUUAUGAGCCUCAACUCAGUCAACUGGUCUAGAGUAAUGAUCCAGCUUGCCCACUUCAUUUAUGCUUACCUGGAGCUCAGUGGUAUGGAGCAAAACAAGGCUGCCUUACCUGAGAUGGAAGUGGUGGUGCCCACGGGAGGGGCAGGAAACAUCGCAGCUGGCCUCAUUGUAAGGCAGAUGGGAUUACCCCUGAAGAUGGUGGCCAUGGUGAAUUCUAAUGACAUAGUUCACAGGAUGGUAACCACUGGUGACUUUUCCAUGGCAGCUAAUGUCACACAGACCUUGGCCCCUGCUAUAGACAUCCAGGACCCAUACAACAUGGAGCGAGUAUUCUGGCUGUUGUUGGACAGAGACGGAUCUUCAGUAAAGAACAUGAUGGAAGAGUUUCAGCAUACACAUAGAUACUCUCUGCCUGAAAACCACCGAAAGCUGUUGUCACAAGUUUUAUCAACUGGAACAGUGACUGAUGAAGGGAUCCUGGAGACCAUGAGGAGAUGCUGGGAUGAAAACCAGUAUGUACUGUGCCCUCACACAGCUGUGGCUGUAUGGCAUCACUACCAUUGUCCACCCAGCCCUGGGCUCAACAGGUGUUACGUUGCGACAGCAUCUCCAGCCAAGUUUCAGGCAGUGGUGCAGAGGGCCGGCCUGACCUUUGACCUACCUGAGGCGGUGCGGUCAUUGGACAACUUAGCCACUCGUUACCAGAACCUGGAGCGGAGCCUGGACUGGUGCAAAGACUGGGAGGAAAGACUGAGAGAGAAAAUCCUGUCUUUGAGCUCAUGCAGGAAAAACAAUGGGACUUACUACAGCUGACAAUGACAGAUGUUUGAUAUUAUGUUAUACCUGAAAGUAGGGUUUUACUUCAGAAAUCUUGAAAGUGUAUAUGGAAAGUGUAUAUGAGUGAGGUCAGGUGAGUCCAUAGCUUAUCCUUGAUCUAUGCACUUCCUGAUCUGGAUUUAGUAAAUGAUGGUGAUGGCAAACACCUUUUUUUGUCCCUUUGAUGGACUUUGUUCUCUAGUGUCCUACAACUUUACUAUACGUUACACUGAUGUCAUACACCACAAACCUAUCAGCUAUUCAGAAUCUCUCUUCCACAACUUUUAACACAAAUAUAAGUGUAUGUUACAGUAUAAAAUCAAUAGUUUAAUUGUCUCAGCUACUUUUUUAGCAGUUAAGUAUUGACAUUUACACUUCAGGAAUACAGCUGAUGUUCCUGUCUAGCUUUAUUUACAAUGAGUGCAGCAGAACAAUGAGCUUGUUAGCUACAUCUAUAAGUAACCACAAAAACGGAUUGUAACAACAUUUCAGUUCCACAGAAACAUAAUGGAAACACUAAGAGCAGGGAAAACAAGGAUGUUUUCGGCACUUGUGUUUAUCUUAAGAGUCAUUUGACAUCCUUUUAUGCAAUGUUAGCCUGUUAUUCAAGUCAAUUUGAUGCAUAUCCAUAUAAAAAUACACCCACAGCAAAAUUAGAUAUUUUUUUUCACUUGAGCAGUGCAGACAAAACAUAGGGACAUAAGACAAAAUUUGUCUUUUUCUUCCUUAAUACAAAAUACCAUUUGCUGUAUUUUGACAACCGUGUUACUUUGAGGUUCAUAAAUCUCUUAUCCUCAAAGGUAGCAUUGAGAUUACGGGCGCAUUGGUUUUGGUAAAUUCUAAAAUGUGCAGACACUUCUCUUGCUCUAAGAUUAAGUGAUAACCAAUACAAUGCCAAAUACCUCUUCACAGUAGACAUUCUGACAUGCCAUGUUUUUUUUUUUUUUUUAACUUUUACAUAUUUAGAGUCGUUUCACUGAGAGGCCACCUCUCUUUUAGAGGAACGCCCUCAUCACAUUAACAAAGUUACACACAUUUACACCCAAAAACUGCCCAGUAUAACCACAGUCUGACCUGCUGGCCCCUGAGCAGCUCUACUGGAGCAGUUGGGGUUAAGGGCCUUGCUCAAGGGCACCACAGUGGUGGUGCUGAGGGAUGGAUAAGUGCAUAAAUCAGACUAUUGUUCAGUUCCGUUGAAGUGUCCCAGUAAGCCAUGACAGUGAAACACAUGCACAAUACCGGGGCCCUGAAAUGAGAAAAAGUCAGUGGAAUGUGGCUAGUACUCAGAUCCAAAAUAAAAGUAACAAUGCCACACUUUAAAAGUACUCCUUCUCUCAAAAUAUUAUUAAUGUAAUUAUCAGCAAAAUAUGCUCAAAGUAUCAGAAGCAAAGCACUCAUUAUGCAGCAGAAUGGCCUUUGUUAGUGUGAAUUUAUUAUAUAUUAUUUGAUUAUUACUGACAUAUUAAUGUGUAAGCAGCAAAUACAUUUCUAAAUCUAUAACAAUGAAUCAGAACAUGCAGCCAAAAACUUGUUUUAUGUUUUGUAUGUAAAAUCUUAACUUACCAAGUAACUAGUAACCAUUGCUGUCAAAUAAAUGUAAUGGAGUAAAAAGUACCAUAAUAAAAAAUAAAUCAGCAGAAAAUGGAACUACUCAAGUACAUGGCACAAGCACACACUACGUCUGUGCUUAUCCUGCUAUGACAAGUCAAAAUUGCUGUGAAUAGGAUCUAUGGUGUGCAAUAUACUGUAAAUUACACUAAAAAUAAUACAAUGAUAACACUGCAUUAAAAAAAGGGUAUGUAAGUUUGCACAAAUGCAAGGAAGUGAUUUGAACAAUAGUAGACCUGCUGAUUUAAAGUGCAGUUGCUGUUGGACUUUUGCAGCAACUGAGUGUGUCAAUUAUUGACUACUGUUAUCUGCACUUUUGGUGAAGACACCAUCCUUUGAUCAAACUAUCAGUUGAAUGUGUAACUUCACGGUUUUCUGUCAGUUAAAUGGUGCUCAGCUCAAAAUGUAAUCUUUCUAAAUGUAAAAUUUUCUAUGAUAAAUUUAAAGUCUAGGGCCUGUAAUUCAACGUUCAACUUGCGUGGUAACUGGUUUCUGCCUUUAA